AUGAAGAGCUCGAAAAAGGAUAGGUCAGUUCUCCCUCCGUUGAAGGUAUUCCCUGUCGCUUCUGAGGAUCAGACGAAUGCUCCAGGAGUGGCGAUAGGAUGUCAAAACAGUCCACUCGCUAGGAGAAAACCCCAGAGUCGACUCCAAAACAACAUUUUGCCUUCAAAGCCUUGGAAUACUAGAGACAUGCUUGCGAAUCUACCUAACAUUAGCGGCGACAGAGCUGACGAUUUCGAUGCAUAUCGCGAAGCUCGUGGUUAUCAAGUUGGUCCAAACAGCCGCCCUAAUAGUCGACCUCAGUCUCCAGCAAUGGGAGUGAGGGAAACGCUUGAAUUGGGAAGCCCCCGUCGACCGCUUUCUCGUCGUUCUCGAUCGAGUAGUCUUGAUAGCUUUAGCGAAGAACUCCUAGGACUAUCAGGAGGAAACUCAGAAAACGAACAUCUCUCUAUUCGCCCGUGUGUGUACACUCCACAAGACGGACGGGUUCCACCACGACCACCAUCAAUAGACGCAUCUGACCUGAUCAACUGUCUCAAUUCAGAAGUUUAUUUUUACAACGAAGAAGAAACCAGCGACUUCGACUCUCGCACAGGCUCUCUUGAAAACUCACCACCUGGACGAAUUAUGCCACCUUCUCCUGCGUCGAACAAAACAUAUAAAUUUGGAAAAGCUCCUCCAAAUGAUCGCGUGCUACUUGCCCUUCGUAGUUAUGAUUCUCUUGCUCACGACGCUGCAUUUCCUCAGAUGGUCGAUGAGGACACCACUGAGAAACGAUAUCCUCUCACCCAUAGCGAAAAUUCAAACUUUUCCCGCCCGUGCACAAAUGAGAGUGACUCAAUCGAAUAUUGA